GGGACCGCUACGCGCCAGAUGUUUGGCAGCGGCCGGCGGCCCGAAUCGCUGCCGGGGCGCUGAGUCCCGCCCGAGCCGCGCCGCAGCGAGGCAGGGCCCCGCCAUGGCCCGCACGGCUCCCCCCGCCGCCCCGCCGCCCCCGGGGCCGCCGGCCCGCGGCUCCCUCAGCCUGCACCGCGCCUACCUGCGGAGCCCCCUGGGGCUGCUGCGCCUGGGGCAGCUGGUGAUGGGCGCCGCCUUCUGGGUCACCGUGGCGGCCCACAAGUACGAGGGGGCGGCCCACUUCGCCCUCUUCGCCGCCGUCCUCGUCUGGCUCCUCACCCUGGCCCUCUUCGGCCUCAGCCUGCUGGGGCGCUGGGCGCUGGUGCCCUGGCUGGGCUCCCGCUGGCUGCUCACCAACCUGCUGCACGACCUGGCGCUGGCCGUGGGGCUCUACGCGGCCGCCACCGGCAUCAUGGGCUACAAGGCCGGGCGCAAGAGCUACUGCAACCUGCCGGGCUACAGCCAGCACUGCCUGUACGGCGCCUACCUGAGCGCCUCCGUCUGCGGGGCCGUCACCGCCUGCCUGUACCUCUUCUCCGGGCUCUACUGCCUGUCACGGCGCUGCCGGGACCAACGCGACAUCAUCUGAGACCCCGCGGCGCUCGGCUCCCCUUCUCCCCGCGCGUGGACGGACCGCAGCCCCCCUUCAGGACACAGUGACCCCGCCGCCUGUCCCCUCCCGGCUGACUGCACCGCGCUUCCUCCGGAGACUCCCGCACGGACGGGCGGACAGACAGAGGCCUCCCCGAGCACGGCUUCCCCCGCGUCCCGCCGGGACAGCGUGGACGCCCGCCUGCUGCUCGGGCCCCUGUCGCACCCCCGGACAGAAAGAUGGACGGAUGUAGGCGAGUCGAAGGACCCGAACGGGAAGCCCUCAAGAGGGACCGUGAUUUCUGGGAGCCCCGCGGGGCCCUGCCCAACUCCCCUGCCCCAGGCCCUGCAGAUGCCGCGUGCUCAGGUGGGUGCCAACUCUGCCCCCAGGGGGACAGGGAGACCGGCCCGGAGGAGCCGAGCGAGGCGAACGGGUGGGCGCAGCCCCCCCACCCCGCCGGCAGCCCCUUGUGCCUGCGCCCUGCUGCGCGGCACUUCUGUUGUUCUCUAAUGGAGGCUCUGAUUUCGGCUUCCCCAGCCCGGGCCCCUCCUCCUGCCCAGCCUGACCACGUCUGCUUUCUUCCUGGAACUGCGCGGGGCGCAGCCCCUCCCUGCCCCGCGGCCCCGCAGCCACCCGGGUCCCGCUCCGGAUGCUCGGCACAGCCUCACCCGGCGGUGCCCCCGCCCUGUCCCGCUCCGCGGCCGAGGGCAGCGCGGCCUCCAGCGCUGCCGCCAGAGCCUCCAGCGCCGCCAAAGGCUCCAGCGCUGCCGUGCCCGCGGCCGGUGCCCCCCGGGCAGGGGGAUAAGUUCCUCCGCCCGUGGGGUUUGAGCUGCCCUGGGACGGAGCCGGGUGCCCCCUGGGGAGAGGGGGGCUUUCGUCGCCCCAGCCUGAAGCUCGGCGCUGCUGGCUCGGCCUCGGGGCUGCGCUGGGGAGCGGGGCAGGCGGCGAGUCCCCGCGUGCCCCCCUGCAGCGGGGUUUGCGGCUCCCCUCCCACCUCAGCGACCCCCCGAGCCCGCCCAGGGCUCGCCCCGCGGGGCCGCGCAGCUCCUCUCGCUCCCUCGCCCUGGAACGCUCCCGUGCGGGACUCCCCAGCUCCGUCUCCGGCCUGCGACGAGGCGGAGGAGGGGAAGGGCGAGCCCGAACCACCGGGGGAGGACACCGGCGGCGGGGCCGGGAGCGGCCCCCGCGGCCCGACGGAGACGGGGAGCGUCGGGGGACCGCGGCCGCGAGCCCCGCCUGCUGGCGACGCGGCCCCUGCCGCCGCGGGGCCCGUGCCCGCGGCCUUCUCCGCCGCCUUUGGGGGCUCCGCGGCCCCGUGCCGUGCCCGGGCCGGUCCCGGCACGGCGCCCCCCGCGCCCGGUCCCCGCUGUCCCCGCGUCCCCGCUGCAGCCCCUCCCGGGUGCCUCCGGGCUCGGCUCCCAAAUAAAGAGUUGUCGGCGCUG